AUGUCAACAUCAGAGAACACAACAACAGCUAUAGUCCAUGAAGUCAUAAAUGAAGAAUACGAAUACAUACAGUAUAACAAACAAUUGAGACUCAUUCGUUCUGUCAAAGACGACAUGUACCAAAUGCAAAGUAUAAUGAAUGCUCUUCGUUCUACAAAGCAAGCAUAUCAUUGGUUUGAAAACCAACAGACAAAAGAACUUUUAGAAGAAUUUCCUCAUAUGAUUGCUUCCCUCGGAAAACCGAGAGAAGAGAUUCCGUACGAAAACCGUGAAAAAUUGCCAAACGGUUUGAGAGGAUAUUAUGUUCAUAGACUUUUAGUAAAUGCAGUUGCAAUGUGGGCUUCACCACGUUAUGCUUGGAAUAUUUACAAACUUCUUGACGAACUUCACAGACAAGAACGUGGAGAGAUGGAAAAGAAACUUCAAGCAAAAGAUGAAGUCAUUGAAUCCAAAGACAAAAGCAUACAGAAAAGAAUACCGCGUUCAGUACCAAAAGGAAAGGAAAAGAACUAUAAGUAUAUGAUUUAUACUGAAGAGUUGGAGAAUGAAGAAGAUAAAGAUAUGGUUAUGUUGCAUUUAGUCAGAAGAAACAACAAAAGCUUUUACGACCUUGCUAAAAUAUAUAAAUCUGACAGAAACUGGUUCUAUCGUGAAAACUUACCGAUUUCAAUGACACCGAAUGAGCAAAUAAAAGAAAUUGUCAAAAAUACUCUUCCUCAAACACACUAUGACAUCAA